CGACACUAAAUCCGCUAGAUUACUAAACCCGUCUCACACCAAGGGGAAGAUGACUGUUUUUUAACCGUUUUAGCAAAUGCUAAUGUAUGGACUAACUGUUCCCGUUUCACCCUCAAGGAAACGAAUGACUUCUUCUGUGGACUACAACUAUUUUGGAGGACGCCUUACUCAUCCUUUUUUUCUUUUGGUUUAGAAAGAGCCCCACAGGGUUGUCGGGCCAGUGGGUCGUCAGGAGUUGGAACAACGGCGAGCUUCUCUUCUUCUCUUACUACUUUGCAUGAAAAUAAAGUCGUGUUUUUAGCGGAUAUCAGAUGGUAGGACACGUCUGCGUUAACCGUUAGCUAUUCAUUUGGGGUUAACAAUGACCCGAAGAGCAAAGGCUGUUCUCUGGACUGUCCGAAGCAGUGUCAAAGGCUAGGCUAGGUUUGAUCCCGACUGUUAUGAAAGCUACACUGUGUUGACCAGGCGGAUAUUUAUAACUAGCGUUAAUGGGACACAUACAGUAUGGUACUCCAAGAACUUAUGCUAAAGUAAACUCUUCAAAGAAGCUGCUUCAGUGGUUUAAAGUUUAAUUCCUUUGUCAACUUUCCAAGUGAAUGACCCAGGACUCAGUAUGUCAUUUUUUAAUUUCCGUAAGAUAUUUAAAUUGGGAGCAGAGAAGAAGAAGAAACAGUAUGAGCACGUGCGCAGGGAUGAAAAUCCAGAGGAAGUAUGGGAGAUAAUCGGUGAACUGGGAGAUGGAGCCUUUGGAAAAGUGUUCAAGGCUCAGAACAAACAGACGGGAAUCCUCGCUGCAGCCAAAGUUAUUGACACAAAGACAGAGGAGGAGUUGGAGGACUACAUGGUGGAGAUUGACAUCCUGGCCUCCUGCGACCACCAAAACAUUGUCAAACUGCUCGACGCUUUCUAUUAUGAGGGCAAACUCUGGAUCCUCAUCGAGUUCUGCGCGGGAGGGGCUGUGGAUGCUGUCAUGCUCGAACUGGAGAGACCCCUGACAGAGCCCCAGAUCCGGGUGGUGUGUAAGCAGACUCUGCAGGCCCUCGUCUACCUCCACGACAACAAAAUCAUCCACAGAGACCUGAAGGCUGGCAACAUCCUCCUCACGCUGGACGGAGAUGUCAAGCUGGCUGACUUCGGUGUGUCUGCCAAAAACACUAAAACCCUGCAGAGGAGAGACUCUUUCAUUGGAACGCCCUACUGGAUGGCUCCAGAGGUGGUGAUGUGCGAGACGUCCAAGGACCGGCCAUACGACUACAAGGCUGAUAUCUGGUCCCUCGGGGUCACCCUGAUUGAGCUGGCACAGAUUGAGCCGCCCAAUCACGAGAUGAACCCGAUGAGAGUUCUGCUGAAAAUAGCCAAGUCGGAUCCUCCCACCCUGAUGCAGCCAUCACGCUGGUCCCCAGAAUUCAGUGAUUUCUUAAAGCGGUGUCUGGACAAGCACGUCGACAACAGGUGGACUGCUUCACAACUGCUGCAGCACUCAUUUGUGUCCAGUGUGACAGACAGCAGGCCCCUGAGGGAGCUCAUAGCUGAGGCGAAGGCAGAGGUCACAGAGGAGAUCGAAGACCACAAAGAGGAAGAGGAGGAGGAAGAGACAGAAGCACACCUGGGCCACAAACGCGCCCCCUCUGAUGUCAGUGUCGCCAGCUCAGAGGAUGAGAAGAUCCCCCUGUCUCCCUCCAUCUUGGAAUCAGUCCCUGAGAAAGUUGAGCCAAUUGUGUCUCUGCCCACGCCCACUGAGCUCCCGGUGGCCAACCAUGUGGUGGAAACUAGCUUUGUUGAAGAGCCCACAGCCCCCCCAGCUGUGGAGCACACGGAGGAGACUUUGGACACUCCAAUUGAGGAUGAAAAGGUAGAAGAGACACCAGUGGAGGAAACGCCUCCAGAGGCAGCAGAGGAUGUUGCCUCCCCAGAACCAGAGACUGAACCAGAGGCACCCGCUAAGGAAAUGCAGCAGCUGGAGAUUGCAGUCGAGGAUGAAAAGGAAGUGGACACAGCUGAGGUUCCAGCCAAUCCAGAGGCCAACACAGAGAGUUCAGAGGUCACUGAGACUCCUCAGGAGGAAAAGAUGGCUGUUGUGGAGGAAUCAAACACACCAGCAGUGGAGGAGGAGAAGGAAGAGGAGGAGGACGACCGGUACAAAAAUCUCAAGGUGACAUUGACACUACCAGAGCAAAAUAAGGUAGUCCCAAAAGAUGAGGAAGAGAAGCUCACAGAAAAGGAGAAGAUAAAUGCAGAAGAUGAGAAAAUGGUUCCAGACAAAGCCAAGGAUGACAAAGAGAGAGACUCAGACUCAGGGAGUGUCUCAGCCGCCGAUAACAGCAGCGUAGACCUGAAUCUGUCCAUCUCAAGCUUUCUGUCCAAAACAAAAGAGCCUGGAUCUGUUUCCAUACAGGACAACAAGCGUCAGAAGAAGACGUUGAAAAAGACUCGUAAAUUCAUCGUGGAUGGAGUGGAAGUUAGCGUGACUACAUCAAAGAUAAUCACUGACAAUGAUGCCAAGAACGAGGAGAUGAGAUUCCUGAGGCGCCAGGAGCUGAGGGAGCUGCGUCUCCUGCAGAAGGAGGAGCAGAGGGCCCAGCAGCAGCUCAGCAACAAGCUGCAGCAGCAAAAGGAACAGAUCUACAGGCGCUUCGAACAGGAGACCACGAGUAAGAAGCGUCAGUACGACCAGGAGGUGGAGAACCUGGAGCGGCAGCAGAAGCAGACCAUCGAGAGGCUGGAGCAGGAGCACACCAACCGCCUGCGGGACGAGGCCAAACGCAUCAAAGCCGAGCAGGACAAAGAACUCUCCAAGUACCAGAACAUGCUGAAGAACCGCAAGAAAGAGGAACAAGAAUUUCUCCAGAAGCAGCAGCAGGAUCUGGACAGCUCUCUGAAAAAGAUUAUCCAGCAACACAAACAUGAGCUAGCCACCAUCGAGAGGGACUGCCUCAACCACAAGCAGCAGCUUCUUCGAGCACGAGAGGCUGCCAUGUGGGAGCUGGAAGAACGCCAUCUGCAGGAGAAACACCAGCUGUUCAAACAGCAGCUCAAAGACCAGUAUUUCAUGCAGAGACAUCAGCUGCUGAAGAGACAUGAGAAGGAGAUGGAGCAGAUGCAGCGCUACAACCAGCGUCUCAUUGAGGAGCUGAAGAACAAGCAGACACAGGAGAAAACCAGACUGCCCAAGAUUCAGCGCAGCGAGGCCAAGACCCGCAUGGCCAUGUUCAAGAAGAGCCUUCGUAUCACUGGAGCUGCCAUCACCCCCGAGCAGGAGAGGGAGAAGGUCAAACAGUUUGCAGCCCAGGAGGAGAAGAGACAAAAGAACGAGAGGCUCCAUCAGCAUCAGAAACAUGAAAACCAGAUGAGAGACCUGCAGCUGCAGUGUGACGCCAACAUCCGAGAGCUCCAGCAGCUGCAGAACGAGAAGUGCCACCUGCUCAUCGAACACGAGACUCAGAAGCUGAAGGAACUGGACGAGGAGCACAGCCUUGAGCUGAAGGAGUGGAGGGAGAAACUGCGACCCAGGAAGAAGGCCCUGGAGGAGGAGUUUGCCAGGAAGCUGCAGGAACAGGAAGUGUUCUUCAAGAUGAGCGGAGAGUCGGAGUGCCUUAACCCCUCCACCCAGAGCCGCAUCUCCAAGUUCUACCCCAUCCCCAGCGUCCACUCCACUGGUUUCUAGUCAAAGCCGACGCACAGACAUACACACACUCCACACACACACACAUUGCACAUGGACAUGAGCGCACACACACCGACAGUAAAGACCGAGCCUGUGCUGCCUUGCCCUCAUCCUCUGGAAACUGUUGGAGGGUGACAGGAGAAUUUCUUUUUCAGGACUUUGUUGGUCAGUCUGCAGCUCUGCUCUGCAGCCCCCUCGUCUUGUCACACGAUAACGGUUAUUUUGAAGGAGAAUGUUGAAGGAUGAAGUGUUUGACCUCAGAACCACCACAGUGACGUAGCUCUCUGCCCAACCUUCUGUCUGUGAUUGAACUGUUUUCAAAAGGAUCCAGUGCCUGUAGAAUAUGAUGGUUUUGGCUUUUAAAUCCAAGCAGUGUAUGAUAAUUAUUUGCUGCUUAAUUCUUCUCUCAUUUAGACAUUUGCACUAAAAAGGAAAGCGUUUUUAUACCACGUAAACGUACUGUUGAUGAUUUCAUUCGGUUAAAUAUUAACUAGCAAACAUAUCAUUCGUAAUUGAUCAUAAAGUAGAAUGUAUUUCUGAUAAAGGAGAAAGCACAUUUUUAAUAUCACUGUUGAAGGACUGAUGAUUCAGUAUAUUUUUAUGAAAUCACAUCUCUCUCUUUUAGACGUUUUAGCUUGUGAUUAAAGGUUGAAAUAAUGCAUGAUUUCAAAAUAAGCUUUAGGAAAUGAAAUGAUUCCUUCUUUCAGGGUUUUUCUUCAGAUUGCCUUCCUGUCCGGAGCACAUGACUUGAGAUUACUAUUUAGCAACAAGCCGUGGUGGCGAGUUUCUUAGAUGCAGACAGUAGAGACGGUGUUUACAUACAGAGACAAAGGGUCACUGUUAACUGGACACUAAGGAAAUCACUGUGGUGGCAGAAACAAAGACUAUUGAACAAGCAUUUAUGUACCUGUUUGUUGCUCUGUUUUUUUAUUUUUAGGUAACACCACUUUAUUGUUGUCGAGCUAAAGUUAUGUAUGUACAGGAGCGGUUUUCAUUGGUGUCCAUUCUGGAAAUAAUGUGACACUUUUAAGAGUUUCCAAGGAGUGUGUGUCGGGAAACUCACCAAGCAAAUUCAACAAAAAAAUAACUUUGAAUUCAGCUAAUUCAAACAAGCGCUCCGUUCACACUGUAAGCUUCAGUGCUCAGAUCUGAUAUUUUUGUUUGGCUGUUCACAUUAUUUUUAAAUGUGGCCAGUGUCAGACUCCAGUGUGAAGUGGUCACAGUCCUGAGCUGACAUGCACAUGCAAAAGAUCAUAUUCCAUGCAGUUUGUGCUGUUCACGCUUCUGUAAAAAAGCAGAUGUGAGUCACAUACGGUAUGAGCAGCAAAGUCAGAUUUUGGCCACUUUAACCUGCAGUCCGAACGUAGCCUAAACCUGCAGUGACAGAUGAUGAUGCAUCCUUUGUAUUUGCUCUGGUUUUUCUUCAUACUCCUCCUCAUGAGGUAUUUUGCUACCAGGUGUAUCAUGAAUGAGCCUGCAUGGCUUUUGUUUCCUCUUUUUAUUGAAAUGAUAAUACUGUUUUCAUUGUCGUGCUAGCUAAUAGCCUUAAUACUUCAAAACAGCUGUAUGGAUAUACUGUGUACCUGAUAUGACCGCCUUUAAAGAUUCUGGUCAAACUCUAGGUUUUAUGCCAACUGUAGUCUUCUGUUUCUGACUGUAUGAAGCAUAUUAACAAUGUCAGAGUGAUUGCAUCUGUGUUCAAAGAAAGAAAAACAGAACAUGAGCUCUUAGCAUUUUUUUGUUUAUUGAGGCUGAUGUUUUAUGAGUGAGGUCAAAGCAAUAUGAAGCAGUUGCAAAAACAAAGUGGACCUGACUGGUUUGGGCCAUCUUAACUUGUGAUUGGUUCAUUUUUUCAUCUCAUUUUCUUACGAUUGGCUAUCAAGAGUUAUGCUUAGUCAAAAGUAUUUUAACUCAACUGUUAUGCGCAAAAAGAAAAACAAAACAAAAAAAAACUACGGAGUGCUGUGCACCUUUUUACAAAACUUUCUCAGUAGCUAUUUAUAUGAAAACGUACCACCCAAACUGCAGCGUCUGUACUGCAGCUCAUUCACUCAUUGGUUUGCGGCGUACAGAAAUAUAAUUACAUAAUCACUCCUGUCAGUUCUCGUUCUGUCGGUCGGUUAGGUUCUACAAGAAAAGAGUAAAUUGAUUAAAUUCUGAAUGUUGACUGAAAACAAUGAUAUCCAUAUCAAAAUCAUUAUGCAUUUUUAAAAUAAAUGUAUAGUUUUUAGAAGGUCUGUGUAAUGUAGAUUUUCAUUUUGCUGUAAAUAAACUUUUUCCUCUGUA